AUACAAAUUCCUCUAAAAACUCUACCAAACUAAGCCUUCAACUCGGUCUUCUCCCAUCGUCGCCUCGAGCAGUUUCCGUCUCGCCAUCGUGGCUGCGCCUCGUGCUCCACCUCCUGCUUUUUCACGCUACCGACCUCAUUGUCGCCGCCGUACACCUCCUCCGUUGCAAGUUCCAAGGCAUAAAAUUUUAACAUGGAUCAAAAACCAGAAAAGACUUUUGAUGGUUGGAUUAAUAUGGAGGAACUUAUGAAGCUCCCCGUUAUCAAUAAUUCACUAUAUGACAAAGAUGCCCCCCUUUACUCGCGUAGGUUGAAAGCUCCUACUACUCCAUAUGUGCUAACAGAAGCCCAGAUUGAAUCAGAAUUAAAACAGAUGCAUCCUUAUCAUGUAUUAGCAAUGGAUCAUUACAACAAAAGCAUAGAUAACGAGGAAGAGGAGUAUAAGAUUUCAAAUUUGGUACUUAUGGGCAAAACCAGAACAAUGUGCUUUGGUAAGCACCUUGGUUUUCUUCGUCAUCUCUUUUGGGAGGCUGUGCCGAAAAACACUUCAUCAGUUGAGCCCAAAGUUUUCUAUGCCCGGGUUCAUGAAAUGUUUCAGCCGAGGGGCAUUCAUGUAGCUUUUUGUGGCUUUUAUAAUGAUUCUGUUGAUGACUCAGAGAGCUGUGAAAUUUGUGGUCUGAAGAAUUCUGAUGAAUUCUGGAAGAAAGAAAAAGAAUUAAAGGACAAAGAAGAAGAGAGAGUAAAGGCUAUUCAUAAUGGAUAUCUUCAUCCAAUUCAUUUUAGUGGCAUGUAACGAUCUCUCCAUGGAGACAACCAAACUAAGCAACAACUACUUUUUAUUGAUGAAUUAAGACAAUGAAUUGGAUGUACAGGGGGAGAUACUCAGGAUGCCUAGUCCCUAGAAAAGUCUGAAAGAUUUAUUAGGAUAUGAUGUUUUUCUUUCAAGUUUAGGAAUCAUAUGUUUGGUAGUAACAAUCUGAAAAAUAAUUUGUAUUAAGUAUUUUAUGCAGGAUUAUGUUGUGUUGGUUGUUUGAAAUUGUGUGAGACUUUGGAUUUUGGUAAUGGCUUCAGUGGUGUCUGGUCUUUUUUUCCUA